ACAUCUAUACAAUUCCACACUAUUUUGGUGGCAGGUCAACAACAUCAGUGCAGAGUACAUUUUGACCGCACUAUUAGUCGAGCUGAGGCUAGACUGGACCGUACGCCUGCAGCUUUCCUCACACCGCAGUCCUCUUAUAGUCCAGAAGAAGACGAUGUAAACACUCGGAAUUAGCGAAAGUAAAGCAUGCCAACGCGAUGUGACGCGUCUCGCCUGUGUGCGUGUUUUUGUGCGUGUGUGUGUGUGCGUGUGAUAUUUUGGUCCGGCCUGUAGGCGGUGCUGUAGGAGUGGAGGAAUGCCCGACCGCAGGUGGCCUUUGGCCCGGGUGUCUGGCCCCACUGCCCUUGAGGACCGUCUCAUCCCCCCGUCGGUCCGGGUCCAGUGUGCGACAGCCCGCAGCCCGCAGCCUCCCACUCGGGGAGAUGAUGAGUCUGGAGUCGCUUUUAAAAGAUGUUCUUCCUGAAGUGCACUGAGGAGAUCGACGGACCUAUGAUUGCUUCCGGCCGGCGAGUGGGCGUGUGGGCGGACCGAGCCGGACCAUCAUAGUCAUUACGGGCCGGCCUUCAUCCGCCCUGCCAGGUCCGAAGCGGACCUGUGGGUCCCCUGAGAGGACUGGUGCUGCCCCCUGGUGGGUCCCGGGGGUCAGGACCCACCAGGGGGAAGCACAUUCCUCGCUUAUUGUACUUAUGGCUAAAUUUGGGCUAGUCUCUACAAUUCAAGAGUUUUAUGACCAUGUAUAUUUAAUAGUAAUAUCAUAUAACAUGUAUGUAAUCUAAUAGGAUAAUAGUAACGUAAAAAUAAAAAUUCUGACUGGUUAGCCCCCGGGUCCAAAUCAGCAGAUUCGGUACGAUUACGUAUAAGCCCUGUUCGUAUAAUAAACGCAUAUAUUAAGUCAAAUAAUUAUAUUUGAAUUGUUUUGUUAUUUAUAUUAGAAUGUGUUUCAUUUAUGAGUUAAAAAUUAUGUAAAAUCUAUAAUUUCUUUGUUAAUAUAUUGUAACGAAUCGGCCGCUGCGGUCUUCAGAUUGUCAACAAGACGCGAAGUUCGGGCGGGCGGCUUGAAAACCGAGGACGACGUUACAGUUAGAAAACUUCAUUAAACUUACCAGUUUGCCUCACUUAACGUGAUUUUAUCUAUUAAAACUAAAUAUGUUACCCUAUAGCUGGCCUUAUAUUACCUAAUGUUAAGACAUUAACGGGAUAUGUGCUGUCUAAGAAGCUAAACGUGUCGCUAAAGAAACCACGUUAGAUAGUGUAACUCGAGCGUGUUACCAACUAUGGAUCGGCCUGCAAGGAAGUCGAAGGUUAUCAACUACUGCGACCUGGAUGACGAUGAGGACUUUGCAAGUUCAAAGCCGCCUGCCAGCAAGAAACCAAGAGAGGAAAUUAAACCGGUGCUCAAGAAACCCUUGAGCAAGUCCUCCAGUCAGGAUUUACAUCCACAACCCUCAGCCAACCACAGUGACAGGAAGCCGCCGGAUCAGAAGCUGUAUGAGCGAGACCUGGAGGCAGCGCUCACCCUGUCUCUGCUCCACGGUACCAAAGACUGCCACGUGGACCUGUCCCCCACCACGAGUCUGACCCCCACCCUCCACACAGAGCAGUACCCCACCAUGGGUCUGUCCCCCACCGCGGACUUGUCCCCCACCACAGAAGCUGAGGAUGGACGACGUGGGGAGGAGAGAGAAGAUCCUUCCCCUCUGCUGUUCUCUAACUGCAGCGUAAACGGGAACCUGAUGGGUUUGGACAACAUCCAGGCAGAGCGAGGGUCUUCCAAGGUCAAGUCCUCCCCCAGGACCGGUGAGCCCCCACGGGGUCAGAACCCAGACCAGGACCCAGACGAGGACUACAAGCCCAGACUCACACCAGAAUCGGAAAGUGACGACAACUCGAGCGGAGUGGCGGAGAGUGAGGAUGAGGAGUUCACCGUGAGGAAGGUCAUCAAGAAAAGCAAGAAGGAGACCAAGAAGACGAAGACUUCUCCUCCUCGUCCUCCUCCCCAGACCUCCUCUAAGAGGGACAAGCUGACCUCCAAAGCAGCUAAAGCCAAACCACCAGCGACAGCUUCCACACCAGUCAGGGCCGCCGCCUCCACGCCCCUCAGAACCCCUCCCUCGGUCAAUCAGGGGUCAGGAUCCAGAAGGCCGCCGCCCCCCUCUGCCGCAUCUCCUCCCUGUGUGCCUGCUGCCAGCCCAGCAGGGGGCAGCAAAGUCUCCAAGUGGAAUCCUCCAGGUCAGCUGGGCAGCAGCCCCUCCCCCUCCCAGGGCUCUGCGCUGAGGUCCCCCGCUGGGGGGGUGCUGAGACUGGGGCUGUCCCGCAGGGUCCGGGUCAAACCCCUGCACCCCAGUGUGGCCAGUCACUGACACUGACACACACACACACACACACACACACACACACACACACACACACACACACACACACACACACACACACAC